AUGAUUACGACUCUUUACAACAUAAGAAAUCGAGAUCUGCAGAAUUUUGAUCGGUAAAGAAAGAGCGAGCUGCGGCCAAUCAAGCGCAGGUUGCAGCUUAUGAAAUUGACUGAUUUCAAAAUUUAAAAGAUAAAAUUUUUUACUUGAUUAAAAGGAACUAAAAAGACCUUAAAAUAAAAAGAAAAUAAAAACAUAAAAUUUUCAAUUAAAAAAAAUUUUAAUCUGGUGGCGUAUUUUACCUUUGAGUACCACUAACAGUGCCAGUUUCUGAUACAAGCAUCCUUCCACCUUUUAUUACAAAAAAAGACAUACAAAAAUGAAAAAAAAAUCCAAAAAACUUUUUUUGAAAUUUGCAUAAUUUUUGAAAUUAUUUUUUUUCAGAAUCGUAGUAGCUGAAGCUGAAAAGAAGAAAGGAAAACGACGUCGAUCGAAGAGAAAAGUCAUCACAGGAUCAGUUUAUCGGUGGAAUAACAAAGCGCCUAUCCCUUACACUUUCAGGGAGGAGGACAGUAAGUAUUUGAAGUUAUCUUACCAAGCUUUGUUAUAACCUCCUAUAUAGCAUAGUCUAACGUAGUCUUACUAUAAUUUUCUUUUAGUCUUACCACAGUUCUACCAAGUCUUACUAUAUGUUUUCCUAGCUUUAUGCGUAGCUUUACGAAGGUUUAAUUUAACAUGCUCCUAGCUUUACUUUAACUUUAGCAAAUAUUAUUGUAACCUUCUUCUAGCCUUACUAUAGAUUGCAUCACCAUGUCUUACUAUCAUCUUCUGGUACCUUUAUUAUAUCUUUACUAACUCAUACUAUAACUUUAUUUUAGCCUUAUUGUAGCUUUACCCGUCUUAUUAUAACCAUUUCUUAGCCUUGCGUUUUCUAGCUUACCAUAGUCUUACUAUAAAUUAAUUAAUAUUUUUUGUAGCUUCAAAUUCUGUCAGCAUUAAUACAAACUUUUUAGAAAAAUGGCGAUUGUUGAUAAAAGAAGGUUUGAAGCUAUGGGAGCAUGAAACUUGUCUUCGGUUUAAAGAAAAUGGGCCUGGCAAGGAUCGAAUUCAAUUUAUCCGAGGGGGUGGAUGUUAUUCGAGUGUUGGGAGGACUGGAGGAGUUCAGAAGAUUUCCAUUGGCUUUGGAUGUGAAGAUGUAAGAUUGUUUUUAUUUUUUAAAAAGUUACGUUUAAAUUUUUUUAUUGUUCUUUGAAGAUAUUAUAUUACAGUAUACUUUUGUUGUCUUACAGUAUGGUUUUGUUGUUGAACACUGGAAGGGGAAGAGAGGGAGAACUAGUUUAUUAAAAAUCCUGUAUAUUAUUAUAGAAAGGAAUAGUAUCACACGAAGUAGGUCAUUCUCUUGGCUUCUGGCAUGAACAAUCUCGGCCUGAUCGAGACAAGUACAUCAAGUUAGAAGGAGAAUACAUUGCCGGAGGCACUGAAGGAAACUUUGCCAAAAGAAGUGAUUUAGAGAGCGAUGGCAUGGGGCUGCCUUAUGAUUUGGGGUCUGGUAAGAUAUUAAUGUUACAAAUCUUAACAAUGUAAAUAUUUCAAAACUUACUGACAAUGUAAAUCUUGUAAUAUUUGUGAAUUAGCAUGUUUUUCAAAUAAUUCUGAGCCUUCUCUCAACGCAAAUUUUUGGUGUUAGCAGCUCACAAUUAUUUGAACAACUUAACAUUAAACCCGCCAAGAAGAUGCUUUUUACAAUUUACCCCGCCCGAACAACGUCAUACAUAUAUACUGCUAGGUUAUAUAAUAGUAGUUUUUAGUAAUGUAAAAUACGAAAUAAGAUUUUUUUAAGUAAAAAUUGAUUUUUUAAUUAAGAUAUACAACAGUUAGUAUUAUUUUGCGUAUGACAGCCCUAAGGUGCAACUUAUAAAAUAAGCUAAAAUAAUGUUUUAGUGAUGCACUAUGGCCCAACAGCCUUUACUUUGGAUUGGGAUCAUAACACGAUAGUAACAAAAGACAAAAAGUACCAACAUACAAUUGGCCAAAGAGUAGGACCAUCUUUCAUCGAUGUGAAACAGAUCAACCGGCUUUAUUGUUAUCGUAAGUUAACCUUAACGUAGAAAAUGCACAACCCCUCCUCUGAUUGACUCCAAACUUUUUAUAUAGAAAGAUCAUGUAAAUAUAAGACUUUCAGCAAAGUACUAAAUUCCAGUUUUUAGGAAAUCCCGAAAAAACAAAAAUAAAAAAUUUUUUGACUUUCCCGCCAAAUUGGCAUUGUGUUUUAAGGUUAUAACUUUGUCAUUUUUUGACUUUUAAUUAUUUUUCGUUGAUAUACCAGUAGGAAAUUUUAAAAUGAACCUACAAUUUUAAAUUUGUAAGCAUAGCUUGUCUGGAAACAUGAAAAAAGUGAUUGAAACACAAUGCCAAAUUUGCCAAAUUUCCGGGAGAUUCAAAUAUUUUAUUUUUUAUGGCGUUUUUUUAUGUUUGUUUAUUAAAAAGUAAAAAAUACCUUCAGAAACAUGUGUUGGAACGACAGUUCGGUGCGAGAACGGUGGUUAUGCGGACCCAAACAACUGUAACAAGUGCAAAUGCCCUCCAGGCUUGUCUGGACCUCAUUGUAAUCAAGUUGAGAAAGGUAAUUUUUUUUAUUUUUCUAUAUGAAUUUCAAAACUUAUAGUGAAAAAUUUGUAAAAUCGUAUGACUUGUCUUACACAAAUUUUUUUCUCCUCCCCCCCCUCCACAAAACAAAAGCUGUUAAAACAAAAAUUAGACCCUAUAAUAUCUAUUUGCACAAGAUAUAAAAUUUUUAAUUUUUUUGUAAAAUACGUCGAUUGAUCUAGUAUGAUGUUUUAACCAAGAUUUAUAGAUUACGCCCUAUGUGGUGGAGAGCUGCAUGCUGACUCGAACUGGCAACACUUGACUCACAAAGGGAAGCAACGUUGUGUUUGGAGGAUAAGUACCAAGAAAGCUAGGAUUCGAGUUAUUUUGGACAAGGCCAGCUAUCAAUGUCAAACUACAUGCAAGUCGUAUCUUGAAAUCAAACACAAUUCUGACUUUCAACAGGUCGGAUUCAGAAGCUGGUAAGGGUUGUUGUGGGGUGUUUUUUGAGAUGGUAAAAUACGAAGCAUAUGCAUUUUAAAACCAAAUUGGGCUUUAGAAAAAAAAGAGAGGGAUGAGGUUACCCUGCCAACAUUUUAUCGAAAAAAAAAUUUUUUUUUGAAAUUAGGAUUACCCUGCCGGUACUUUAUAAUGCUAUUGUUAUCUAUAAAAAAUUAUUCUACUAUACCAUCAAAGCCAUGAUCAAUAUCUUCAAUACCUUUCAGUUGCGACGAAAAAUCGAUUGAAACAGUAUCAGAUCAAGAAGAACUGAUAAUAAUCCACGAUCCACUAGAUCAAUCAUAUGAUGGAUCGUUUACAUUGAGGUAUAUCCGAGACUCAGGAGCACCUCUGCCCAAACCUCCACCUCCGGCAUGGGUACCGGGCAGUGAGAACCGCUCCUUCCGCGGAGUCAGCGGAAAGGGCGGGGUAAUCGAGAAGUUCAUUCUCAACGCUCUGCCAAAGGUUAGGGACCCGAAUCGACCGGUCGAAAGUGUCUUUUCUAUCUUUACGGAUUAUGUUGCUUCGUCUUUCUUGGGCGCUAGUCGCGAUGCAAAGUGA